GGAUUUAUAGAAUUUUCGUAGGUAACGAAUCACGUAAAUUGUAGUAAUUCGUUACAGGGACGGUGGCGAUUCUGGUGAAGAUGAGGAAGGAAGACACGGUGAAGCUGAUCAGCGCCGAGGGUUUCGAAUUCGUCAUCGACAAGAAGGCCGCCAUGGUAUCCCAAACCAUCAGAAACAUGCUCACCUCCCCAGGGAGUUUCGCUGAAACGCAGGACGGGAAAGUGACUUUCCCGGAGAUAAGCACCGUUAUUCUCGAGAAGAUCUGCCAGUACUUCUACUGGUCGCUCCAAUACGCCAGUGGAAAGGAGACUGAGUUCCAUAUUGAACCUGAGCUGACCCUAGAGCUGAUGAUGGCUGCCAAUUAUUUGCACACCUGAGAGGAUCACCUCUCCGCCUUUUAGGCAACAAAUCUUGUUGAGCUUUGUAAGCCUUUUUCCUGUCGGCAAUUUUAUUUUCUUCGGAUUUACUGUCAUGUGUAUUAUAAUAGGCCAGAUUGAGAUACUAAUAACUUUCAUUUCUUGUGCCACUGAUUGGCCUAUAUCUGUGCUUACCUUGUGUGUUUAUUAUUCAGGAAUACUUGACAAUGAUUUUGUUGCCCAAUGCACAAAGAUACGUAGAUUGCUGUAUGAACAUUUGCUGUUGCAUUGCAAGAUGGUAGUUUUAGUGUCUUUCAAUGUAGUUUAUUCCAAUGGCUGCAAAGUUUGGAAAGGAACUGAUGUAGCCAAACUCUUUACAUAUUUGAAAGGCUGUAAGCUGCAACAUCUUUCUCAUGGAUGGAUAAACUUGUAUGACGAGACCUAUUAGCCAAAUAGGAAUAUGAAAUGCUCGUUAAGUAUGACAUCAGUGGAUUAUUA